AGAAAUGUAAGGUAAUGGAGUUUUAUUGCAGAGAUUCACCGUACUGAUAGACAACGGUCUUUUUAACAGUUAACACCAGAAUUCAUUUAGGUUUGAGAAAGUGAGUUAGGAUUUUGUGGCAGUUACUUACGUGCAGCCAGUUUAAUUCUACUUCCAGCUACAGAAAGAGAAAAAUUAUCAUCUUCAGGAGGACAAUAAAAUAAACAUUAUUUAUUACACGAUACAUUUGAAUUCAUUAAGACAUUUGAUGGAACUCUGUAUUUUGUGUGGAACAACAUUUGUUCAAGAAAUGUAUUUAAAUGAGAAAAUUAAACAUUUGACAUCACAAAUAAUUCAUACAACUCUGUGUAAAAUACAAACGAUUUUGUGAAUAUAUCCAUGUUCAUUUUCAAAAGCAUAGCCCUGAUUGUUUAUACGCCCUUCUUCUUUUUUUCUUUUUUUUAUUCAGGGAUGAUAGCUUAAAUCUCAGUUAUUCGUUCAUUAUUUUUCGAUCAGUGUUUUGAUACGAUUGUCAUUUAUUAUUUUGUAUACCUACGGAAUUAUGUUAUGUUCAACUGAAUUUGCGGAGCGUAACACUGAUUUUCUGGUUUGGCUGAAAUGGUAGGAGCCUGCAGGAUGAUACUACAAAGGGGACUGUUAAAAAUGAGCUGGAUCAUAUUGUUUGACAGAAAGUUGCAGGUUGAUAGAGUGGAUUCUUCAAGAGGGUGAAAAUGGUGAAUUCGGAGAGAAAAACGGAGAUCCUGCCUUCUGGUGGGUAUAGCCUUGGGGAAUCACGGUGUCGACCGUAGAAAAUCCAAUUAAGGAUUGCAUUUAAAUGAAAAGUCAUUUUUUAACCAGAGUAUGACGUGGACACUUCCCUUUCUAGAUGAGAGGAACAGUUUUCCUGCAAAUGGCUCCUUUUUAUUAAAUCUGACAUGCUGAUAAUGCGGAGUUGAUGUAAAAUAAUUGGCACAAUAACCGUAAUUAAAAGCGCACUAACAAAGCCAUUAAUUUAUUACAGUUGUACAAGCUUGCCCCCAACUGUGCUUACAUAAUAAAAUGACUCGUUUUUACACGACCAGUUUUGCAAAAGAUGAGACGCUUACAAAAUACAUUUGAUUGCAACGAAGCACAGAAUCUUUAUUUAGUUUGCAUUACUCUUAUAAAAAUAUACAUCACACAUGUUAAUGGCCGAACAGUGUAGUUUGCUGUGCAUACAAGCAGCAUGUCAAAUCAACACACCAGUCUUAUCGAUUUAGAUAAAGUACGACUCAAGUACUGAUAAUAGAAAUUUUACAAAAAAAAAAACUUUAAAAGGAUUAAAAACAAUAUUGACAAGAAUUAUCCUAUUUUUUUAUUUAAUAAGAUCUUGCAAUGUCCUAUUCAUUAAUGUAUUAGCUAUCUAUUUUUUUUAAGCCCGUGCAGCAUUAAUAUACCCUUCAAAUGCGAAGCAUCCUCCUAGUUCAAGUUCAGUUUUCAUCUGGGUUACAUCCUUUCCUCUGCAGAUCCCCUCUCCCCUGAAUGGACACAUUUCCCAUUACGCCCUUCAAUUUUCCCUUCUAUCUCUUUUAUUUCAGCGAUUUAAUUAGGCAUAAAUUCGAUCCUGCUUUGCUAUUUGUGAGCUAUUUGUUUCUGACCUUGCUGGGUAAUCACAUUCAGCCACUGUAUCCGCACCGUCACCUGCUAUGCCUGCGUCUCCUAAUAGGUUCAUGCUGGAAAGAGUUAGCUUAUUAUUCUAAAAGGUUUUGUCGGGUUAAGCCGUGCAUGUGUGCUUAAAUGUACAUUUCAUUAACAAACUGCGAAGGUAUAAAGCCGGGUUUAUGGAGCUUCAAAAGAUCACAGAGAGGACGAAUUUGAUCUCCUUUUGGGCGAUAUCAUCCACGAUGUCUUUCAGUGCGCACUGACUCGAGAUAUAUGGUCUUUUACAUUUUAAGCCGCUGACAAAACCCUUCAUCAUUCUGCAACAUGCAGCGCUAAAACGCAAGCGAACAACCAGCCUGCAUGCGUUUAUUUUUAGAAUUAGACACAAUUACGAUCUAAAGCAAUAAAUCAGCAAAUGUUUGGAGUUUGCAGAACUAAUAUGUAGCCUAUUUAACUCCUAUAAUAUCACUCAAGAUAUUUAUCUACUAAAGUAACAAAGACAUAUGUAGAAAUUAUUAAAGGAAUGCGUAAUGAGCAGAAAAACUAUUUUCACAAGCAAAUAUUUGCUUUAGGCAGCGUUAAAGGUGCUUCGACUUCAUCCUCCAAGUAGCCCGUAUUGAUAAACGGGACAUCACACGGGCCACUGUCUGCUUGCCUGAGCUCUUCAAUACCAUUAAUAACGACAUGAUUCAAUUAAUCUCAUUCAUUCACCAUGCAAAAACAGCUUCAAAGAUGUAGCAUAAGCAAGCGUUCCUCGGAGAAUUGUAAGGAGGGUAAGCAGGCUAAAGGUAAAGGUCGAGGUGAAAGGUGGUGGUCUAUUUGCAGAUUAAAUGUCAUGCAACAAAAACAAGUGUACUGAAAAUAUAAUAUAACCCCUACAUAAUUAACUCCUACUUUAAAAAAAAAAAAAAAAAAUUGGUAUUUUAUACCAAGUAAUAACACAAAAAUCAUUUAUUAUUAUAAUUAUUCACAAUAAUUUAACAAUAACUAAAUAGUUAGUAUUAGGCUAGAAACAAAUUUGGCUAUUUUGAAAGCAGUGCUGCAAACCCUGUACCAAAAUACAGAAAUAAGCGAUUCACUGAAGAAAUAUCGAGCUUAACAAUUUGCCUUCGCAGGUUUUCUCUGUUACGAAAUUGAUAUAGCCUAUUUUGUAAGCUCUAAUAGAAUGGUGGUGAGAAUAAUUGAUUCGAGCGUCAAUUACAUCAGCCUUUAUUUUCAUUACAGCCGGGCAGAUAUUCCUAGCUGUAGAUCGAUACGACGUUAUAUUACUUGUGGUUAAAUAAGAGAUGAAACUAAACACGCGAACAUUUUUUUUAUGUGCAUGGGCAAAAACGGGACAAUCAUAUCAGUGUUUAAUCUCUCAGAUAUUACAAGAAACAAGAGCAUCAAAGUACAAACCACAAACCACAAAUAAAACGGUAUUAAACCUUGCAGUUCCCAUGAAGCACACUGAAACGCGUUUUCUCACACGAUCCAGGAAAUGUUAAAAGAGUUUACAUAUUCCCUCUCCGCUUUCUUUUUCUUGGGAAUAUCCCACAUGCGUCGCUCACCUGUGCGCGCGUGAAUGGCUCCUAUGCAUUUACCCGCGCGCUCAUUUCCUACUUAAUUCAUAUGUUAACACGAGCAAUGAUGAGGGUCGUUAGCACCUCUACAAAGAUCUUUAUUUAGAGAUUUCCAUUGUUUUUGUACUUAUUUCUCACGCAACAAAAUCAGUGCUGCUACGUCUACAGAAACACUCGGCUAAGUCGGUUUUUCCCCCAAACUGAAUUCUUCUAAAAAACGUAUUAUUAUAAAGGUACAGUAGGCUAUUUAAAACUCUUUGCUUAAUCAUGCAGUAUUCGAGCACACAAUAUAAAUGACAAGAGAUUCAAUUAACUUAGCUGUAGACGUUUUCGUUCAGCAGCUUUCAAUAUAAUUGGCCUAAGAAAAAAGUUAAGUUUGCGUUUAGCGCGGACGAGUGAAUGCACGUCAGCUCUGGAGAUGAUUUCAAUCACGCAGGCCGAUUUUCUCCCCUCCGCCACCGCUAAAUGGUCUAUGACGGACGAACAGAGGCGAUGUUACUGUUGUUCCCUUUGUUGACAAAUCCAUGAAACAACUUCAGCUCAGCGGUAUAACAGCGCGACCUCUGACGUCUGCGGGUCACGUGACGCGGCUGAUAGUAUAUCUUUAAGUGAAAAGUAAUCUAUCAGACAGUCCUUAAAGCCUGCUUUUCAAAGCACGUGUCAUCUUGACUCCUCGGUCCAAAACCACGCUUAAGUUUCGAGGAAAUACAGCGGAAAGGAGACGAGGUGUAAAGAAGCCUUUGGACUGGAGAAAUAUUUUCUAAAGUUGAAGUUUUCCUGGCAGGCCGGGACUGACCUGCAUUUAUAGCCACCGGUCGUCAUCUGAUCUGACCGCUGCUCUUACCUUGGUUUGCUCCAGCAGUAAAGUGAGCGGUGAUGACCCUGUCUGGAGGCACCAGUGCCAGCAACAUGUCCGGUCAGACCGUGCUCACAGCUGACGAUGUGGAUAUCGACGUGGUCGGGGAGGGCGACGAGGGGAUGGAGCGGGACAGUGACUGCGAGAGCCAGUGCAUGCAGGACCGGGGAGAUGAGGUGGAGGAGAUCGAGGUGAAGGAGCGCAGCGACAGUCCAUGCGAGAGCGCCGGCGAGGGAGAGUCCAAGGGGGAUGCUCAGGAGAGCUCCACUGGUCCCAUGCAAAGCAAGCCCAAGAACAGCCUAGUGAAGCCGCCCUACUCCUACAUCGCCCUCAUCACCAUGGCCAUUCUCCAGAGCCCGCAGAAGAAGUUGACUCUCAGCGGAAUCUGCGAGUUCAUCAGCAACCGCUUCCCUUACUACCGGGAGAAGUUCCCGGCCUGGCAAAACUCCAUUCGCCAUAAUUUGUCCCUCAACGACUGCUUCGUCAAGAUCCCACGGGAACCGGGCAACCCGGGCAAAGGCAACUACUGGACACUCGACCCCCAGUCGGAAGAUAUGUUCGACAACGGCAGCUUUCUGAGGAGGAGGAAACGCUUCAAGAGACACCAGCCGGACAUUCUCAGGGAACAGACCGCCCUCAUGAUGCAGAGUUUUGGGGCGUACAGUAUUGGGAAUCCCUACGGACGCCACUACGGAAUUCACCCGGCCGCUUACGCGCACCCUGCAGCCGCUCUGCAGUACCCGUACAUUCCCCCGGUGGGUCCGAUGCUCCCUCCCGCGGUGCCUCUCUUGCCCUCCGCAGAACUGAACAGAAAAGCAUUUAACUCUCAACUAAGUCCAAGUCUCCAGUUACAACUGAACAGCCUGAGCACCGCGUCAAUCAUCAAAUCCGAGCCGUCCAGUCGACCAUCGUUCAGCAUAGAAAAUAUUAUCGGGGUCUCCAGCAGCUCCACGAGCGCACAGACUUUCCUGCGGCCGCCCGUGACGGUGCAGUCCGCCUUACUGAGCGCACAGUCUCUGUCCUUAAGCCGGACAUCAGCCGCCAUCGCGCCAAUUCUCAGCGUCCCGUCAAAUAUCAUCUCCGGACAAUUUUUACCGACAGCGUCCACAGCAGCGGUAUCUAAAUGGCCUUCUCAAUGAUAAUCAAACUAUUUUUUAGACAUAUAUAUUUUAAAGACGAUACAGCACGAACUAUAGGCAGCACUGGACAAUUCGUCCGCCCCAAUGUAGCCAUGUAAAGACUUUUGAGAAAAAAAGAAAAUUCAUAAUCAAAAAGGAAUGCUUUCAGUACAGGUAAUGUUUGUAAAUAUUUGUACAAAGAAAUUAAUUUACGUGUUUUUCCUUCCCAUUUCAUUUCGUUGUUUAAACUUAUACCUGAGUGAGCCUUAUUUUCCCGUAAUAUUUUGUUUUCAUUCUGAAAGAAGUGAUUUCACGAACAAUGUUUUUUUUUCUGUUUUCCAAUAUGAAAUAUUAAACUGUUCUUAUUGAAAGACUGAAGAAGUAUGUUUAUAAAAUUUAAAUAUAUGUAUUCUAUGUAGCUAUAUUGUGUUGUAAAUCAACUUCAUUUGUUAAUAAAUAUGAAAACAAUCCAAUGCAUCUCAGGCACAAAUGACUUUAUUAAAUCAAAUAGAGGAUUUCUAAAAUUACAAGAAUGUAACCGAGAAACGUAUAAU